GAAGGAGAACAUAUAUAACUUGGUGCAUUGUCUGGAAUCACAUGGUAAGUCAAAAAUGGCAGAACUCUUUAUGGAAUGUGAAGAAGAAGAGUUGGAACCCUGGCAGAAGAAAGUAAAAGAGGUUGAGGAUGAUGAUGAUGAUGAGCCGAUCUUUGUUGGAGAGAUAGCAAGUUCAAAACCAGCAAUUUCAAAUAUUUUAAAUAGAGUAAACCCCAGCUCAUAUUCAAGAGGAAUAAAGAAUGGCGCACUCAGUCGGGGUAUUACUGCUGCAUUCAAGCCUACAAGUCAACACUACACGAACCCAACAUCAAAUCCAGUGGCUGCCUCGCCAGUAAAUUUUCAUCCUGAAUCUAGAUCUUCAGAUAAUUCUGUUAUUGUUCAGCCUUUGUCUAAACCUGGUUACAUAACAAACUCAUCACGAGUUGCAUCUAGUAAUUCUACAGAGUUGCUGUUUGACUUGACCCAGGAUACAGGAUUAUCACAUUACCAAGGAGGACCGACACUUUGUAUAACAGGUGUGAAUGAAAGUUCGUUAUUUCCAAAACGUCCUUGUACUUCUGAAGUAAUCAGUGUUAAUCCAAAAAAGUCUAAGCCCAGUGAAAGUGUUUCUGGAGCAAAUUCCUCAGCUGUAUUUCCUUCAGCUAAGUCUCUUUCAGUGACAUCUCCCCAGGCUGUGUCAUCAAAAGGUACAAAUAACUCAUCAAAUCAAUCUAAAAAUGGAACACCUUUUCCAAGAGCUUGUCCAAAGUGCAAUAUUCAUUUCAAUCUUUUGGAUCCUUUGAAAAACCACAUGAAGUACUGUUGUCCAGACAUGAUAAAUAACUUUUUGGGACUGCCUAAAACUGAAUUUUCAAGUACAGCAAAUAAAGAUAACACUAUUGAUUCAGAGCAAGGAAAAUUGAUCAUGUUGGUUAAUGACUUUUAUUAUGGAAAACAUGAAGGAGAUGUCCAAGAAGAACAGAAGACUCACACCACCUUUAAAUGCUUCAGUUGCUUGAAAAUUCUUAAAAAUAAUAUUAGGUUUAUGAACCACAUGAAACACCAUUUGGAACUUGAGAAGCAGAGCAGUGAAAGCUGGGAAAACCACACCACCUGCCAGCACUGCUACCGUCAGUUUCCCACACCAUUUCAACUGCAAUGUCACAUUGAAAGUACACACACACCCCAUGAAUUUUCUACCAUUUGCAAAAUCUGUGAAUUAUCAUUUGAAACAGAGCAUAUUCUUUUACAACAUAUGAAGGACAAUCAUAAACCCGGUGAAAUGCCAUAUAUUUGCCAGGUUUGCAAUUAUAGAUCGUCAUCAUUUUCUGAUGUAGAAACUCAUUUUAGAUCAUCCCAUGAAAACACUAAGAACUUGCUAUGUCCAUUUUGCCUCAAAGUUAUUAAAAUUGCCACACCCUAUAUGCAUCAUUAUAUGAAGCAUCAGAAAAAAGGAAUACAUCGUUGUACAAAAUGCAGACUGCAAUUUUUGACAUGCAAAGAGAAAAUGGAUCACAAGACUCAGCAUCAUCGAACAUUUAUAAAACCUAAAGAGCUAGAAGGACUACCUCCUGGAACAAAAGUUACUAUUCGAGCUUCAGUUGGACCUCUUCAAUCAGGAUCUUCAACUGUACCUUCCAUUAGUACAAACACUUCUACCCUUCAGGCCUCACCUCCGAGAACAAAAUGUGUAACUGCUAAAAAUCCCACAAAAUCUAACACAAAUAAAUUUACUACAACUAAAUCUAAUACAAGUAAACCUACUACAAGUAAGCCUAAUGGAAGUAAAUCUAAAUUCAAAUCAAAAGUCUCUAAUAUGCAAAAAAAACAAAGCACUUUGGCUAGUAGCAACAGAAAAAGUAAAGUCAAUACAGCAUUGAGGAGCUUAAGGUACCGUCGGGGAAUUCAAAGGUGCAUUGAGUGUUUUUCCGAAAUAAAAGAUCUUUCAAAUCACUUUCCUACGUAUGUCCACUGUAGUUUUUGCAGAUACAACACUAGCUGUAGCAAAGCCUAUGUGAAUCAUAUGAUGAGCUUUCACAGUAACCGCCCAAGUAAAAGGUUUUGUAUUUUUAAGGAGCAUUCAAGAAAUCUCAGAUGGUGGAGGUACAGGUGGAUUGUGACUUGUUGCAGUGACACAAGUUGUUCUGCUCAGAUUCCAACUUCUGAACAUCUUUCUGAAUUAAAAAAUGAAGCUCCCACUAAGGAACAAAAACCUGUGUCGGAGGAAAUUGCAAGACCUAAUAAGGCUGAAGGAGAAACAGAAACAUCAAAUUCUGAAAGUAAACAUGAUAAAGCUUCUUCAGAGGAAAAAAGUGGAUGUGAUGCAAAUGCAUUUGAAGGCUCAUCAGCAACAAAAAGUGAAGAAAGCACAAUAAUUUCAGAUAAGGAAAACAGUACCUGUCUUGAAGACAAAGAAACUGGCUCAAAGACUAUCUUCAGUAAUGUUUCAAAUAUUGGUAAAGAUAAAGUGGAAAAGGAAAACCAAAUAGAGAACAUUGAUCAGGAAACGGAGUUGAAGAUGUGCCAAAGUUCAGAAAACAUAAUUCCAUGUGAUCAGAUUAAAGAUCAAAGCUCCAAUGAAGCUAGGUUUUCUUUGAAGAAUAUUAAGGAUUUGCAGUUAGCAUCUGGUGAUGUGAGCAUUGAUCAGUUUUUGAGAAAAAGAGAUGAACCUGAGUCUGUUAGUUCUGAUGUUAGUGAGCAAGGCAGUAUUCAUCUGGAACCUUUGACUCCAUCGGAGGUACUUGAGUUUGAAGCCACAGAAAUUCUUCAGAAAGGUAGUGGUGAUUCUUCAGCCAGGUCUGAUGAAGUAGAGUCUGAUCAAAAAGAUGGUGUUCCUGGAGAAAAUAGCCCUAGCACAACAGAGACAACAGGAGACCUGGCAGAUGAAAAAGAAAGUUGAAAUUAGUUGUCAUUCUCAGUUUUAGUGUAUCGGUGGUAAGAGCAUUCAGAUCAGUGCUACCAGGUGAGCUCAGUGGUGCUGUUGUAGAGUUCAGAAAUAGAAAAAUGUGAGGAGGUCAUUUAUACACUUUAUCUGUAUGUUCAGCCUUGGUCAUUACAGAAAUCAGUUGAAUAAUAGCAUGGUUAGUAUGAAUUUCCAAGAGGUUUUAAAACAUAAAUAGAAAAGCUUCAUUUAACAGUUCUCAAGGAAAUAGAACUUGGUUGCCAGUAUGAAUUGAUUAUUAGAAUAUUAUUUAUGUUUAUAAAGCAGUGAAACUUCCAUCAAUCCUAAGCUAAAAAUCCUUAUACCUUUAUAUUCUUCUCAACUUAAAAGAAGAAAUUUGGAAACCAUAUAUCUUUGGGGAAUUUUUAGAUAAUGGCUAAUUGGCAUUGUUAAUAAAGCUUUAUUUGGAGUAUGAUGCUGGUAAAUGCAUAGAGUGUGAAAUUAAUGAAUCUAUUGAGAAUUUUGAUACACAUAAACUUAAUUUUGGAUGUAACAUUCCAGACUGUCAGAAGCAUGUAAACAGAAUAUUUGAAUCUGUGUACCUCCAUACAUGUGUUAGUCUGCCAGGCUAUAAGCUUACCUUAAUUAAACUUUCAGUGAAAGUGAAAUUAUUAAAACAUAAAUUUAUAUUUGUGUUUUUUGUCAGUGUGAGCUGUGCAGAAAUCCCUUGAUGUGCUAGUUGUAUAAAGUAGAAACCCACUGUUAAAAAUCCUGUAGUUAUUAUGCUUUUAAUAUUGUUUUAAUGAUCUUUAGAAAUAGACCCUUAAAAAUGGUCUGGAAACCAAACCAAAGUAUGGAAUACUGUAGAUAUUGUAAAGCAGUCAACUGAAAACAUGUCCUGGCAUGAAUCCAGGCAUGUUUAAGUGACGUUCUCUUUAAUUGUAAAAUAGAAACUUCAAAUGGGACCUAAAGCAGUGAUGUAAAAAAUUGUUUUGGGGAUAUUUAGUCUAAUUUAUCCAUAAGAUGGCUGCUAAAUUGAUUUCUCAGUUGUUUUUAAUCAUCUAGAAAUAAUAGAUUUAGAAAUGAGUAAAUGAACAACCAUAGUUUGCUUUGAAAUACUAAUAAACUUUUAUUUAAAAUGCUACAUUUUUACUUCUUAAAAUGUGCUUUGAAUCCUUAAAUUUUGUUUCACUGAAUGUUAAAUGUUUUAAAUGUCUGUUAAAAUCCUGAUGUAUAUAGUAGUUUUUGAGUAAAUAUUUGCAAUAAAAAUAUGUACCUGAA